AUGAUAAUUUUAAUCAGCAUUUUCUUUGCGAUAAUUUCAGCAAAUUCAAUAAGCCAAGUUAGAUCACAUACUCUAAGAUUCCGUCCUAAUUAAAAUAUAGUUAAAGAAUUAUAAUAAUACAUUGAAACAAAUUAAAUAAAGGCAGCUUCAAUUUCGACUUGUGUUGGAGUAUUUACUUAAAAUUUAUUUAAAGUCUUUGUUGAAAUGCUCGAUUAGAUUUGCAAAUCAACCUGAAUUUACAGAAAUCAAUGGUCAUUUUGAAAUUGUCUCUCUUGUUGGAACAAUAAGUGUUUAUGGAUAACAUAUUCAUAUUAGUUUAUCUGAUACUGAAGGAAAAAUGAUUGGAGGCCACUUGCCAUUUUACGACAACGAAUGCAUCAUUUAUACCACGGCCGAAAUCGUGUUACUUGAGCAUAUCGAAACCAUAUAUGCAAGGAAAUUAGACCCAACCUAUGGAUAUUACGAACUAUAUAUUAUUUGAAUAUUAAUUUUCAUCUAAAU